AUGUUCUCAUUUGGCCUGUACGAGGAGAUUCAAGAAUUCAAGGAAGAUGCCAAGAAGGUCGCAGUGAAGAUUGCUGAUGAUAGGCUUUGUGAACAAAUCAAGAAGUUUGUUGAAGCGCCUCGAGAGAUCCAGGAACUUUGCGAAGAGGAUGCCAAAAGUGAAAAUGUCAAUCUGAUGGCGGUCAUCUUGAGAUCCCCCAAGGGCCCUAAGCUCAACAAGGCAGCCUACCAACGUAUCCAACAAGCCUCUCAAGCCUAUGAACAAUACAAGACCUACCGCUUGAUUUUUGCCUCCAUCUUGCAUACGUCCAAUAAAUUUUUGAUCAAAGCAAUGGCUCGAGGAGAAAAUGUCCAAAGGGCUCCCCAGCCGAAAAUGGGACGAUCUCAACGAGGGCGCAUUCAUGAGGGCCAUGGACUUUCUAAAUACAAAGUCACCCCUGCCACUGUCGGCGGAGCCGAGACUGUCAAGCAAGGGACUUAUGAGCGUGAUCCCGCGACCGGAAAAUUCAGAGAUGAAGAUAUAGCUCGGAUCCUCAGGGACGCGACAUACGAUGUCGCUGGAGCUUUUGGGGCCCAACACUCGCCCGCUGUGCUCCGAUGGAUCGAUUGCCAAGGAAUGCGGACGGCCAGAGACGUAUGGCGAGCUUGCACGUUGAAUGAGUUUAGGGAGUACCUGGGCUUAAAAGCGUUCGAGAGCUUUGAGGAGUGGAACUCAGACGAAACGAUUGCAAACACCAUGGAAGAUCUGGUUGGUCGCCAACGCUGA